UUUCGUUCGACGUCGUUUCCGAUCCAUCGGGCACAAAAGAUGAAUGUCCGCACGUGUCGCCGCGUGGUCCAAGUGCUGACGCUCCUGAGCAUGCUGGCGGGGUGUGCCAUUGCAUACUUUGGCAUCAUCGUGUCGUCGUCCUUGACGUCCACUGCCGACUCGUCCUCGUCUUCCGUGACGGCCGUGAUGCUGGCCACGUUCGGCGUCGUGUACGUUGCAGUGAGCAUGGUAGGGUUCUGCGGUGUGCUGGCCACCAAGGAGCGGCUCCAGUUCCUCAUGAUCUACUUCUACUCCACGCUCUUCAUCUCCGUCGCGUUCAUCGUGUUUGCGUACAUGGCGCUCGUCGCGCCGUCGACCAUGGCCACGUGGUUGAAGCUCCACUGGUCGGCCCUCCCGCUUCGCCAUCACGCGUGCUGCCGCACCUUUGACGAUGCCCACGCGUUCAUCUCUACGCGGUACGCCAUGCUUGGCGCGUUAGGUCUCGCGAGCAUCGUCGCGUUGGUCACGACUCUGUUGUGCAUCAUCAAGAUCGCGUCCGUGCCAGUGGUCAUGCGUCACAUGCUGUCCGUCGUAAAUGCCAUGUUUGUGGUGGUAGCUACAGCUGCGAUCGCGUAUGGGCUACAUGCCAAGGAGUACGCCGUGCUGGACGGCGGAUGGGACUGGAUCGCAUGGCUGCUGGUGGCGGUAGGCAUCACGCUGUUUGUGUUGGCAGGGUUUGGGCUCGCCGGCUCGCGAAUGAAAAGUCGACCGCUGCUGCUUCUGUACUCGACAGGGCUGGUCAUGACGCUGAUCGUGCUGUGGGUGGGGGCCACGGGUGCCUUUUACUAUGCCAUAUCGCAAGUAGCUCAAAUUGGUCCCACUGGUGACGUGGCAUGCUCUGGGGGGCUCUACAGGUGCUCCAAUUGUACGACGCCCGCAAUUCGUUGCCCAGGGGUGUAUGAGUCUUCGCCAGGCCAGUGGACCACGGGUUGUGCGACGGUCACCUUGAACGAUUCAAUCGCAUUUUGCGAUUCAGCCAAGACGAUGGUGUCCAACCCUGCCUCGCCGUUGGCUUUUGAUGUGGUGCAAUGUGGCUUGUGUCCCGAGUGGCGGGCGUCGGACGUACGAGCGUACAUCGCGGCCAGUUUGCACUUGCUGGGUAUCGUCGCCAUCAUGUUGUCGUGCUGUGUGGCGGUGGCGUUGGCGGGGGCGGUGGUGCUGCGCCGUAGCUUUGCCACGUAUCAGACCGAGUCCAUUUAAUAAAUGAGCGUCAUCUAUCGUACAUAAUAUUCCAAGAGAUUAUUUACAACCCAU